AUGAAGGCAGCGCCGUUGAGCAAAGAGACAGUCUCGGACAGCUCGAGUUCUUUAGAAAGCGAGGAGGAAUCGACGUCUUCAGAGGAGCUGGAGCAACAGCAGAAGAAAAGCAAGGAACCCGUUGAAUCAACGGGGGAAUCGACAGAGGAAACAAGCGAUUCCGGCUCGGAAGAUGAAUCCUCUGAAGAACAGACACCACCGCCGCCACCAUCUACCAAGAAGAGAGUAACAAUACAAGAAGAAAAUACGGUCAACCCGGUACCAACAAAAGCAUACAAGCCUCCGCCGGGCUUCCAGUUCAUGCAGAAAUCAUCGACCCAGCCUAGCGACAUAUCACAAUUACUAUCUAACCUCGACGGCAAGCAACUAUGGCAUAUAACCGCCCCCAUUGGCAUCCCGGUGUCGUCGAUAGAGAGCCUUGCCAUGGAUGCGAUCACAAGCGGAGAGCCAGUCCUAACACACAAGGGAACAGCCUACAAACUACAAGAAAACCAACUGGGGGGUUCUGAGAAGCAGAAAUCACUACUUGUGCCAGACAAAAACGGCAAUGUGUACCGUCGACACAAGCUCCCGGUGUCCCGAACAUACCAUCUAGAGCAGGUCGUCAAGAUUCCGCAGGGAGAUAGUUUUCAUGCCAAUGGAUCGGUCGACAUAUCGGCCUUGACGAAGAAACCGCCAAAGCAGCCUCAACAUUUACAGAUGCGCUACAAACCAUUUGGUUCGGCAGACCAGCUUCCAGAAACAAUCGGAUGGAGUGACGAGGAGCCAGAGCCAGAGGCCAAGCAGUUCAAAAUGCCCAAGGGAGCCGACAUAGAUCGCAAGGAGAAGCAUAAGAAGCGGAAACAGGACGCCGUGCUUGUGCCGGACGAGGAAGAGGAAGAAGAAGACUCAAAUACGAAGAAGAGCCUACCGAUCCGAGAAGAUGGCGAGAAAAAGAAGCAGAAGAAAGCAAAGAAAAGCAAAGAAGACAGCCCCGAAGUGCAGAAGAAGAGCAGCAAGAAACACAGAGACGAGACUGAGGAAGAGAGAAGAGCCCGCAAGGAAGAGAGGAAGAAGAAAAAACAGUCGGGAUAA